AUGCCCGGCCUACCAGCUUCCGUCGACCUCGACGAGUGCAUAUCACGACUCUACAAGAAAGAGCUGCUGGCCGAGUCCGUCAUCGAGGCGAUAUGUGCCAAGACUAAGGAACUGCUGAUGCGCGAGAGCAACGUCGUCCAUGUCCGCGCGCCCGUCACCGUCGUCGGCGACAUUCAUGGGCAGUUCUUCGAUCUGAUCGAGAUUUUCAAGAUCGGCGGCUGGUGUCCCGAUACAAACUACCUGUUCCUCGGCGACUACGUCGACCGUGGCAUGUUCAGCGUCGAAACUAUAUCUCUCCUUGUCUGUUUGAAACUGAGAUACCCAAAUCGUGUGCAUUUGAUCCGCGGCAACCAUGAGUCGCGCGGCGUCACCCAGUCCUAUGGCUUCUAUACCGAAUGUUCGAGAAAGUACGGCAAUGCCAAUGUGUGGCAUUAUUUUACCGAUAUGUUUGAUUAUCUUACACUAAGUGUUGUGAUCAAUGAUCAGAUCUUCUGUGUGCAUGGAGGCUUGUCACCUUCCAUCCAUUCUAUCGACCAGAUCAAAAUCAUCGAUCGGUUCCGCGAGAUUCCCCACGAAGGUCCUAUGGCAGAUCUCGUCUGGUCAGAUCCAGACCCUGAAAGAGACGAAUUCUCCUUAUCGCCGCGCGGGGCCGGAUAUACCUUCGGGGCCCAGGUGGUUAAGAAAUUCCUGGCGGUCAAUAACAUGAACCACAUUUUACGCGCUCACCAGCUCUGCCAAGAGGGCUUUCAAGUCUUGUACGACGACAGGCUGAGUACUGUUUGGAGCGCUCCCAACUACUGCUACCGGUGCGGCAACAUGGCUAGUGUGCUCGAGGUGAGCGACACGGGCGAGCGCUUCUUUAACGUAUUCGCUGCUGCCCCAGAAAACGACCAGCACAAGGACAUGCAGCAGGGCACAGAGAAGGCUGCUGAUGGCAACGCCUUGCCGGACUACUUCCUCUAA